AGAAAAAUGCGAUACGUUAUAAAAAAAAUGAAGAAAAACGUAAAAUGAUGAAGGUUUCGACAAUGUAAACAAAAAUUACACUAAACCUAACAUUCUUUAUACUUCCCUUAAAGGUAACCUUCAAGGAUGGUAAAUUGCAAUGUAGAGAUUUGAACUGCACGUGGUGGUCACGUUUCAUGCAUUACUUCCGCCACGAAAGCGAGACGAACGUUGAAAAAGAUCGCGAUGAUGGAAUGUACUAUGGUAAAAUCAUAAAAGAAAUUACCGUGGGAAGUGAGUUACCUAUCUGGACUUCCGAAAAAAUUUGUCGUGAAGUACUAAUAAAUAAAGCCCUGGCAUCUGACAUAGGUGAGCGAAAGUAUCGUUGCUACCAAUGUUCACAACUGUUUCGCUUGCACUCAUCGUUCAUAUGCGGAAAACAUAGGCUCCCAUCGCAAGAACCGAGUUCGAAAACUAUCCUUUCUCGCGCUGAACGUUGCACCACGACAGCGGUCAACACAGAGAAGACGGAGGAGGGACAAGCAACCGUAACAAGUAUUACCAGCUCGGGACCUGAACAACAUCGCGAUAAAAUGACGAUGUAUUUAACUCCAGGUCUUGACAACCAAAACUCAAGCAAGAGCGGAGAAGAUGGCCUCCCCGUAUUACGAGAUCCGCAUAUGGCAAGGCACGUGGAACAUCAAGACGUUUUUGCCGAAGUUGAAGGUGCGAAUUCUGCCUCGUCGCUGACGAAUUUGGACAAAUUGAAUGGAAACGGUUCGAGUUUUAACAGCUUCUCGACGAAUGGCUUGAACAGCCUGAGUCCAAUGAACGGAAUGAUGAACGGUUUUGGCAACACGAUCGCUCAUUUUCCAUUCCUAACCAACUUCGCCAACGAUCCUUUUUCCAAGUUCAAUUUCGGUCAGACCGGAGAGACGUUGAGUCCACAGAAGUCGUCGCCUCAACAAAGUUUCAUGGCAAGCCAUCUUGUGGAUGCGGAUCACUCGAGUUAUCAACCUCAUCCUCCGCCUGCAGACCUACAGAAAUGCGAUGGAGAGGCCGAGGGUGAAAUACAGUCCGAGCCACCGAGUCUUACCCCAUUGGUGCCAUCGAGUUUCGGCUCUUUUUCAAAUGACGCUUUUAACAUAAACAGGGAUCUCGCACGAGCUGGAGGCUUACCAUCACCGAGUUAUCAAAACCACUUCGCCGGUAAUCUUAACGGACUGAAACAGUUGGAUUCAGUGUCGUCGACAACACCGACAUCAGAUAUGAACCGACUUAACUUUGGCGAUUUCGGUAAUCUUAACUACAAACUCUCGCCGGAUGCCGCAUUUCCACCGCCGCAACACCAAAUGGACGUGUUCAAUCCUUCUUCUAUGUUCUUGCCACAGCGCACUCAGGUGCAGUCAACACCUCCCAUGCCGUUUUAUAAGCCAUCCUAUCCAAAUUUUCCGACUUCCAUGACGGCGUACGGCAACCAGACUCCUGGCGUGAACACACUCCUCUUCAACGAGCAGAACCUGAAUUUGGGCAACCGCUAUUCUGUCGGCGGCAAUCCCCAAGCUCCGCCGGAUCUGGUGAAUCUAGGAGCUGGAAGUGCUGCCUCUUUGUCCAUGCACCAAGAUCAAUUCGGCGUGCUCAAACAAUCAACGAAGAACGGACAGAACGAAGACGUGCUAAGCGAACUAAACUCGAAGAAGGUGAACAACAAGGGUUAUCUCUGUGAACUAUGUGGGAAAAUCUACACGCGAAAAUACGGCUUGAAGAUUCACAUGAGAAUCCACACGGGCUAUAAACCGCUAAAGUGCAAAUACUGUCAAAAACGCUUUGGCGAUCCAAGUAACAUGGCGAAACACAUCCGUUUGCAUGCCGUGGGAGAUACGCCAUAUAAAUGCCAAUAUUGCGGUAAGGUUCUAGUGCGAAGGCGCGAUUUAGAUCGCCAUAUAAAGUCGAGACAUCCCAACGGAAGAUGAUGAAGAUUAUAUGUUACAUAAAAACGUGGCUAGCAAAGUGAGAAAUUAGUGUGCUAUUUGAAUCAAUAUUAUAAAGUAUUAUUAAAUAUCGUGUACAUAAAAAAAAGAAAAAAGAUUAUUAUGUUAUGAAGCUAUGAACAGAUAAAAUCUUAUGAAAUGAAAUUGUUGACGAAAAGUA